CCACUACCACAAUCUUGACCGAAGCGUACCCAGACUGUGCCACUUGCUUACGUCACAGGACUCCUUUGGUCACGUGGUUUUUGAGGUUUGCGUUCAGAUUUUUUUUUUUUCCAGGUGGGGGAGCAGGCAUGUUACACACGUGCGCAUGCGCAACAGCAGAUAAUCUUCCUACCGAAUAAACUCACAUUCAGCUGCUAACUCACUGUGGAACAAAGUGUUGGGGAGUUAAACGCACAUUUAACGUCGACUUCAGGAUUUUCUAUCAACUUUAUUUUGCUUGGCUCAGAUAGUGACUUAUCGGACUUUGGGAUAGAAGGUAGUUUGAUACUGGAGCUAGUUCCGCCUUACUUCACCCCCCUAUGAUGGAAAGCGGCGACAAGUGUCAAAAGUAAUCAGUGGUGAACGACACAAGGAAAACGGGCAUCCGCACAAGUUUACAUGCUAUUACAAAAGCAGCCCUGUGAUCACUUUGCUGCCAAGAAGUCCCAGACUGCAAAGACAUCAUUUGUGGGGUGGAUUUCAUCAAACAUUGAUGAUCUUUAAUAGAAGGGCUGUUGAGGACUGAGUUUUGGACACUGUGAUGGAAAACCCAGAUGAUGAGGUUGACCUACAACACACCUCAACAGGGGGAGAAGAAGGAAACUCUGGGGGGGCAACGCCGCCAAACAAGCGCAAGGGCAAGUUCUCCAAAAUGGGAAAUAUCUUCAAGCCCUGGAAGUGGAAGAAGAAGAAGCAAAGUGAGAAGUUCACUGAGACAUCUAUAGCUUUGGAAAGAAAGAUCUCUGUCAGAAAAAGUCGCCAAGAACUAAUUGACAGAGGGCUUCUAAAGGACAUCCCAGAAAAUGAGAGCAAUAAUGUGAACAACUCCAAAGCUCAACCAGUAAAAAAUGGCCAUCCUGUGCCAGCGGCUAUGGACAGAAUAUCGGAGUCGACUGUACGAGUGUCUCGAGGGGAGUCUGACAUGAAGGUGAACCCACUCAGGCUCCCAGUAGACGAUCGUCGUAACAGAGCUUUGUCUGAUGCCUCACGAAAUAACCGCGCACCUCUGGAUGUGGACUCUCAUGCAAGGCUUUCUCUAGGUGUAGAAAAUAUAGCUCGUAUACCUUCAGAUGUUGAUAGGAAGGUGGGGUCUUUACCUAGAGGACCUCUUCAAGAUGAUAGGUUCCGCAGAGAAGAGAGGAGAGAUGGAAAAGAUGACAGAGAAGACAGAGGAAGAAAGGACAGGGAAGAUAUGGAAAGAAGAGACAGGGAUGAGGGAAGGGAGCGUAGGGAGGAUAGAGACGAAAAGCGAGAUAGGAGAGAUGAGAGGACAGACCGAGACAAUAGAGAAAGGAGGGAACGGGACGAGCGAGAAAGAAGGGAUCGGGACAAGAAGGAUAGGAGGGAAUGGGAAGAGAGAGAGAGAAAAGAACGGGAUGAGAGGGACAGGAGGGAAUGGGAAGAGAGAGAGAGAAGAGAACGGGAUGAGAGGGACAGGAGGGAUCGAGAAGAGAGAGAGCGAAGGGAUCGGGAUGAGCGGGACAGAAGGGAUCGGGAAGAGAGGGAGAGAGAGAGGAGGGAUCGGGACGAGCGGGACAGGAGGGAUCAGGAAGACAGAGAGCGGAGGGAUCGGGACGAGAGGGACAGAAGGGAUCGAGAAGAAAGGGAGAGAGAGAGGAGAGAAGAUAAGGAGCGGCGACUUGAGAGAGAAAGAAGAGAGAACAGAGAUGACAGAGAGAAUAACAGGGAGAGGAAAGAUGAACGAGACAGGAGAGUGGAGGCUGGAGAGUGGGCCAGGAGAAAUGAGGACCGGGAGAGGAGCGAAAAGCUGGAUGACUUGCGGCCUAUAGUAAGGCCUCUGUCUGAGAUGGACUUGAGGCCUCCUCUGCUGAAAUCUUCCUCAGAAGAAUUGAAGAAGUCACGUCCUGCCUCAGAGGCUGACUGGAGGAGCACCCUGCCCAGAUAUGCCCCAGCUGCAGAGUUCAGAGAACGGUCAGAGUCUGCUGGCGUCCGCUUCGUCCAUGACCCUCCUCCCAAAGAGCAGGCACAUGAUCCUCCCCCACCCAAACAGGCUUUACUUCCACCCAAAGUCCUCCCCGCUCCUACUGACUUGGCCAGGAGUCCAACCCCCUCCUCUUCAUCCUCCUCCUCUUCUUCCACCUCCUCAUCCUCUGCUCCUGUAGCUGUGUCCAAGCCGCCGAGGACUGUCUCUCUAAUAGUUGAUGACGCCGCUAGGCCCAUACUUACAGCUUCUUCCUCAGAUGACUCUGUCAAGCCUCCCCCCAUCCCUCCCCACGCUAAGCUUCAGCCUCCUGUCCCUCCACCUAAACCCACCAAUCGCAACAGCAACCCCUCACUGCAUGCUCCCUCAUUGAACAGGGCCUGUAAAGCCAUGCAGCCUUGUUACUGGACCAGCUGGCGACGCCAGAGUGAGCUUGGCCUCUACCUCUCUUUACCUGUGUACCUGCCACACAGGGGUAGGCAGACCAGCUCAGCCGAACUUCCACAGCCUGGAAUGGCAGUCAAUAUACCAGCUAAGCGUUCUCCUCCUCCGCCUCCAAAGAGGAUGACCCCCAUCAACAAGCGCAAUUCUGCAGAUCCCUCCCCUCCCAGUCAGGCCCCAGAAGGCACUACCUCAGAGGCAGCUGCUGCCGUUGUAUCUGUACCCCCUGUUCACCCCAAAGGAGAUAAUGGUGAGGACAAAACUGUCAAGGACAAAGCAGCUCCUCCAGCGUCCACUGAGCGUCCUCCAGCGUCCACUGAGCGUCCUCCAGCGUCCACUGAGCGUCCUCCAUCACCGCCCUCCCAUGUACCUCCAUCUCCUCCCAGGGUGCAGUCACUUCAGCAACCCAGCAUCGCCCCACCUGGCCCUGUGCCUACCGUUCAGACUGAUCCCCCCACCCCAACCACAGACCCUCCCACCCAGGCUCCAUUAAUCCCCCUACACAUUCGCAUUCAGAGAGCACUGACCAGCCCCGGCCCAGUUCAGCCCAAUCCUGAUGGCUCCCAGAGGGCCCAUUCACUACUGUUUGAGUCUCCUCCAGAUGUGUUCGUAGAGACUGGGGGUAACUCGCGGUUCUCUCUGCCUAUUACCAUCGAACCUCUUAAGUUGCCGGAGGACGAUGAUUUCGACAUGGAAGAGGAACUCCAGAAGCUUUACCCCAAGAGGCUGAAAACCAGAAAACCUGAGUUUGAACCCCGCAGCAGGAGAGCUAUGAUUGGGGACGACAAAGUCAGUGUCAUCCCUGAGAUCAGUGGCCCAGGGGAGGACAGCGAGGAGGAUUCUGACUCUGAUGGCCCCGUCCUGUACAGAAAAGAUGAUGAGGAGGAGGAUGAAGACGAAGGCCCUCCAAGUGGUCUGGCAAACCGUGUCAAACGGAAGGACACGCUGGCCUUGAGGCUGGAGAGACAAGAGAAGGAGAAAGAGAACAGGAACGCUCAGGAGGAUAAUGAGAAUAUGAGUUGGCACAACCAGGAGCAGUGGGUGGCAGUGAGGAACAAGAUCGGCACCGCACUCACACGGCGUCUCAGUCAGAGACCGUCAGCAGAAGAGUUGGAGCAGAGGAACAUUCUUCAAGCCAAGAAUGAAGCUGACCGUCGACUGGAGAGAUCCGAGAUCAAACGGCGGCUGACUAGAAAGCUGUCCCAGAGGCCGACCAUAGCCGAGCUCCAGGCGAGGAAGAUCCUGCGCUUCCAUGAGUACGUGGAGUCCACGCACGCUGAAGACUACGACCGCCGAGCUGAUAAACCAUGGACCAAGCUGACACCUGCUGACAAGGCUGCUAUUCGAAAGGAGCUCAAUGAAUUCAAGAGUGCAGAGAUGGAGGUUCACGAAAAGAGCAAGAUUUAUACCCGGUUCCAUCGACCUUAGCUGUCUAUGCUGACUAGGAAAGCACUUGGACCUUCUCUGCACUCUGAUCUAACGAUGGCUCAUUUGGUUCGACUAUUAUUAUGUUUUGAUGCUGAUGCCAACACUGACGUCUCUGACAAUGAGAAUCAAAGCAAACAAAGCCACAGACCAGAUCAGCUGCAGCUGGAAGUUACACCGUGGAACUAAGGACAAGAGGAGUUUUUUGUUGCACGAGGGUUGUCACUAAAAGAACGAGAACUCCCCUCAUCUGCCUUGUACUUGGGGCUCAAAGAGUUUAAAGUAGAUAAGACAGAGGGUAAAAAAAACUUCCCAUCAUGCCUUCACAAACUGUGAGUGCACUUCUUACGGUACGACCUAGUCUGGACUCUAAUGAAACUCCAUAUUUUUGUGUUGGUACUACAAAGGUUCAUCACUAGCCUUACUCCUCGUACGAUUGUUGUAAUUUGAGGUACAGCAAUUUAUUUAAUCCUCACUGAGAUGUGAGACUGAUUGCAAACUAAUAAUGUGCAUUUUACUGUAUUUACUUUGACAGAAAUGACAAAUUCAUGGAGCACAUAUUACUGGAUUAUGUAAUAAGGCACCUUAUGUCCUUUUAUGGCGUUCAAGGAUGACAAAGGUUUCAAGCCACUAAUUGUAUGUUUAUAAUUAAAUAAUUAAAGCAGGACAAUGUACAUGUUUUUAUCUUCCUGGCUGUUUUUACGGUACCCUGCGCAUGCAGGUCAGUAGAUGGCUGCAGUUCUAGAUUUGAACGACUUCAUAUUGAUGCUGACACAUUUUGUCUGUAAAGUGUAUCUCAGAUUAUUUUUAAGCAGUAAUGGUACAAAUCCGCUUUUAUACAGAGGUGUUUAACACUUUUUGCAACUGCACUGUAAUACACGAACAUUUGACUCUGAAAUUAAAAAAUUCUGUGAUUUUCA